GUCCAGAAAAUGAUUCAACUAAAGACGAUGCUUAAUUGCAUCGACAAUUCUGGCGCCGCCGUGGUAGAAUGCGCCAAGGUCUUAAAAAUGAAGAGACAUGCAAAAAUUGGAGAUCGCAUUAUCGUCGUCGUACAAAAGCAACGCAAUUUCUCAGAGUCCGGUCCCGGUGCAAGUGUUUCUACAUCCGCAGCGAACAAGGUCAGAAGAGGAGAUAUUAGACACGCAGUUGUGGUUAGGACGGUCAAAAAGUUGCAGAGACCUGAUGGAAGUGUCGUCAAAUUCGACGACAAUGCUUGUGUUUUAAUUAACAAAGCUGGAGAACCCAUUGGAACAAGGUUAAACGGUGUGGUUGGCACAGAAUUAAGAAAGAUGAAGUGGUCAAAAAUUCUAUCAUUAGCACCUAUGCAUCUGUAGAUAUCACUGUAUAAAAGAAGAUUGAUGUGGC